AUGCGCGGGGCGAAGACGCUAUUCAUUCUACUAGCAGAGCAGGUCUGCUGGGCGUUCGAGGUCAGCCACGCCUUCAGCAGUAGGUUUGCACAGGUUGCCUGGACUCCUCGCGGGGAGGAGGUCCACCGGCGCAACCGCCUUCGUAAUCAUGACAGUUUCCUAGAGGUGGUGCAGAAGGCUGCCGAGGAUGAUGAGCUCAGAAUCUUACACAUCACCGACAGCCAUGUGUCGCGCAAGGACAGCGAUCCGCCGCACACCCAUCGAAUGUACACUGCGCUGCUCAGCGUCGAGGACAAGGAUACGCAUCAGCUCAAGCAUCCCAGCGAGCAGCUUGUGCGCCUUCUGCGCCGUGCGCGUGAGCAGAAAGUGGACCUCAUCGCCCUUGGUGGCGACAUCAUCAACUAUCCUGAGGCCGACGAAGUCAGCUGGCUUGUGGAUCAGCUGACCACCGCUGCUCCCGGAAUUCCCUUCAUCUACACAGCCGGCAACCACGAUUGGCACUUGGAGUUUACUCAGGAGCCGAGGUAUGAUUCCGCCCGGCUGAAGCAGCUGAAUGCAACGCUGCGACCGAUCUUUGAUCGAAGCGCCGUGCCACGAAUGGGAAACUACGGAAUGCUCUAUGGCCAUGUCAGGAUUAAGGGCGUCGACAUCUACUUCCUGGAUAACUCCAACUACCAGAUCAACCAGGAGCAGCUCGCCUUUGCCAGGGACCACAUCAGUCGUCGAAGCCCUGAGGGGUCGGGUCCUGCGGUGCUCCUUCUGCACAUGCCGCUGGCUCUGCCAGGCGUUAACCUUCCACCAAAAGAAGUCUGUGGUAAUCCAACCUGGGGGGCGUCGAGCGACGACCUCUCGGAGAUUGAGGGCCGUCCUGCUUGGCCUGCGGAAGGGAAUCUUCAGUCUACUUACGACUUCAUCCAGCUUGUGAAAGAGCAGACUGCGCCCAAGGGGCGUAUUGUGGCCUUGCUUACAGGUCACGUGCAUCGCGACUUUAGCACUGAGUUGCCAAGUGCCUCCUUUCUUUUUGAGAACGUCACGAAUCUGGCCUGUGCCAAGAGCUCAAGUUGCCGCCUAGGCAGAGCCAAUGCCAGGCACAGGGACAUGCUGGAGAACAUGGGGACAUCCGAACUUCUUGAAGGGGAGUCCCGCGUUCUCGCUUCCGGUGCUGUUCAGUAUUCCACGCUCGAUGCGGCGGAGGGCGGCUUCCGUCUUCUUUCUGUCCGAAGAAGCUGA